GUUGCCUGUGCCGACCCUCGCUGCGACCCUCAGCAAUUCAUGCAAGGGAGGAGGGGCGAAAUUGCUGCGAUUCGAAACCUAGGCGGUCAAGCCGAGAUCAGCAUCCACGAUGUUGCUACCCUAGACAGUGAAUUCCGGUUCAAGGAGCUGGUGGUUGUUCACCACACUGAUUGUGGUGUCACGCACAUGACAAAGGAUGGAGUCUAUGCGUAUCUGAAGGAGAAUCUCCCUGACGCUACUGCUGCAGCAUUGGAAGCAUUUCCGAUCCGUAUCUUUUCAAACAUGGAAGAGGGCGUGAGACAUGACUUGGAGGUUGUGCAGAAGUCGCCUUAUCUCCGUAAGGAGCUGAAAGAUUCGGUCCGAGGGUUCGUGUUUGACAUCAAGACUGGACCUUUGAGCCCAGUUCUGUGA